CAGGACCUUUAGCCGCUUGUGUAAGCGGGAAACCGGCUUUUCGCGGUAUAAUUUCACAAAUAAUUAACGUAUGGCCUUUAUUUUAUAAUUUCUUUGUGAAACGCGUGACGUAUGGUUUGAUUUUGAGCUGUUGUAGCCAAAAGUACAACAGUGACAAAGCUCGUAACAAGCCGUCCUGGCUGGAAUUUCUUCCCGACGGCCCUUAUGCUAACACUUUAGGCUAGCUUGUUGGACCCUCACGUUAGCUAACGAGACGUAGUUGAUAAUGCGUUAGAUGGAACAGAGAUUAUAUAGCACUGAGUGGAAAAAGACAAAGGGCUACCGUUUUUUUUGACACAAACACAUAAUCACAGCUGAAAUGAGUUUUUUCAACUUGGACCGUUUUCGUUUCGAGAAGAAAGCAGCCAACAAAGAAUCAGUUUGCGUCUCAAAAAGUCCGGAUUCUGAAAAGGAGAACAAACCAGCUCAAGUCAAAUCUCAUAAAUCCACCACAAAGUCCCACGCACGAGGAGUGGUUUUUGAAGAAGAAAUAUCUGUAGAUUUGGAGGAGGAUGAGUUUGUGGCUGAGUCAAACACAAAAGAUAGGAGCCCUUUGCAGAACCCAGCCAAUGACACAGAUGAUGAGGAAAUAGAUGAGAAAAUAAGCAAACUACUGGAAUUGUUUCCUCAGUUGUCUAGAACUGAUGCACUGGAGGUCACUGGAAGUACAAGUACCUUGGAAGGCGCUAUAGCUGUCUGCCUUGUCAGAUUUGGUGACAAAGCAGCACCAAGUGAAGGCAGGAAGAGAAAGCAGGACGAAUCUAGCUGUUCUCAGGACAGUGGUGAUGUUCACCAGAGUAAAAAAAGGAAAUCAUCUGUGGUGUCUGGUGAAGAAGAUGAUGAAGGGAGAGAACCAAGCUGGGAGAAGCAGGAGGUCAUGGUGAAAAGACUUCAGAAGAGGUUUCCCGACCAGGACAAGGAGGAGCUGAGGAUGGUGCUUCAGGAACAUGACUGGGAUGUGGAAGAAGCUCUGCAGGUUCUCCAGAUGUUCUCUGAGUCAGAUAACAGCGGUUGUAACUUAGUUAUUCCAAAAAAGCAAAAAUCAAAAGGCAAAGGGGUGUCAACCAUGGGCAACUCAGACAAAAACAUUGAAACAGAUGGGAACAGUACAGAUGAUACAGAUAAUAGUAGUUCCAAUUCUGAUUUAGAAGAAUCCAAACACAAAAGGAAACAAAAGUCAAUUAAAGAAUACAUGGAAUCAAAGGACACAACAUGUAAUGAUAAAAGUAUUGAAAAGACAGAUGGGACUAGUACAGAUGGUACAAAGGACAGUGAAGACGAGUCUGAUACAGAGUACGACAAAAGCUCCAAAAUAAAAGGGGGCAUUUACACUCUGGACCCAAGGCUGUUGUCUUCUUCGUCUUCUGCUAAGCGUACCUCUACCUAUGCCACCACGAUGCCUUCAUCUUCCUCCUCAGCCUCCCAGGCUGUGUCCAAAUUUUCUAGUGAUACUGGCAAUGCUAAAAAGCAGGCAGUGGAAAGAAAGAAAAAAGCGAGGGCCUCCAAUGAGGAUGUCACUUCUGAUGACGAAGAGGACAUCCUAACAAGCGACUAUGAGGAUUCAGAUGACGAGCUUGAGGGUGACGAUGAAAAGAUGGAUGUAAAAAAAGAGAUAGUUGCAUUUUUCCAGAAUGCUACAAUAGAUGAGCUUUCUCUGAUUGCUGGAUGCUCUGUGAAAAAGGCCCAGAGGAUAGUGGAGCUCCGACCCUAUGACAGCUGGGAAUCCCUGUGGGAUGUCUUUCAUAAAGGAAAUGGACUCUCUGAUGAUUUACUGCAUGGCUGCAGAGUCGUCCUCAAAGAGAGGAAGGUCAUCCUUGGACUCAUGUCCAAAUGUCAAACUAUUUCUUCAAAAAUGGUUAAGCAGGUCACUCAAGUGAUGGAGAGAGGAACUGGUUCCACAAAACAGCCUAGUUUACUCAAUAGCCAGCUGCAUCUUAAACCGUAUCAGCUGAUUGGUCUAAAGUGGCUCAUGCUUCUCAACGAGCACAAAUUGAGCGGGAUCCUCGCUGAUGAAAUGGGUUUGGGGAAAACCAUCCAGGCUAUAGCUUUUCUGGCUCAGCUGUAUGAAAAUGGAAUAGAAGGUCCUCAUCUCAUCACUGUGCCUUCCUCCACACUAGAUAAUUGGGUCAGAGAGCUGAGGCUGUGGUGUCCAGCUCUUCAAGUGCUUAUUUAUUAUGGAUCUGUGGAAGAGCGCCGCUACCUCAAACAUGACAUCCUCAACGGUGAUGUUGAUUUCAAUGUCAUUGUCACAACGUAUAACUUGGCAAUAGGAAAUGACAACGAUCGAAGCCUUUUUCGUAAGCUGCCUCUCAAGUAUGCCAUCUUUGAUGAGGGCCACAUGUUAAAGAACAUGAACAGUCUGCGCUACCGCCACCUAAUGUCCAUCAAUGCUGAGCAUCGCAUCUUGCUAACUGGAACUCCCUUACAGAACAACCUGUUAGAGCUGAUGUCUCUGUUGAAUUUCAUCAUGCCCACCAUGUUCUCCAGCUCCACCAUGCAGCUGUCCAAGAUGUUUUCCAUGAAAUCUCAUGAUGAGCAAAGCCGAUUUGAAAGGGAACGAAUUACUCAGGCCAAACUCAUCAUGAAACCCUUUAUCCUACGACGGGUCAAAACUGAGGUGCUCAAGCAGCUGCCAGCCAAAGAAGAGAAGAUUGAGUUUUGCUCAAUGAGUGAGAAACAGCAGACUCUCUAUGAGGCCCUCUUUAAAAAACUAAAGAAUACUACUAAUGGAGAGAAGCGUGAGCUGUGCAAUGUUAUGAUGCAAUUGAGGAAGAUGGCCAACCAUCCUCUUCUUCACAGACAGUACUACACCACAGAAAAGCUUCAGGCUAUGAGCCAACUUAUGCUCAAGGAGCCAACCCACCACGAUGCCGUCCCCGCUCUUAUCCAGGAAGACAUGGAAGUCAUGUCAGACUUUGAGCUCCAUCGUCUUUGUCAGCAAUACUCAUCCAUCAGCUCUUUCCAGCUUGACAACAGCCUUCUACUUGACUCAGGGAAGUUCCACCACCUAAAAGAGCUGCUGGUAUCCCUAAAAAAACAGGGAGACAGAGUGGUGUUAUUCAGUCAGUUUACCAUGAUGCUAGACAUCCUGGAAGUGUUCCUCAAACAUCAUCAUCAUCGCUAUGUCAGGCUGGAUGGAUCCACUCCCAUCGCUGACAGGAUUGUUUUGAUUGAUGAGUACAACACAGACCCUGACAUAUUCGUGUUCUUGUUAUCAACUCGUGCCGGAGGGCUGGGCAUCAACCUCACCUCUGCUAAUGUUGUCAUCCUGCAUGAUAUUGACUUCAACCCCUACAACGACAAACAGGCAGAGGACAGAUGCCACCGCGUCGGCCAGACCAGGACUGUACAGGUGAUAAAGCUGAUCAGUAAGGACAGCAUAGAGGACUGCAUCCUGCAGCUCGGUCACAAGAAGCUGAAGCUAGAACAAGACAUGACGACUGCUGACCAAGAUGGUGAAGGGACCAUACCUGAAGAUAUGGCAACUUUGCUCAAAGCCUCUCUGGGACUGUGAAACACAAACACAUCAACCUUGAAACUUGACUGAACUGAAAGGCUUAAGAUUUUUGGCAGUUUGAUGCAAACAAUAUGCUGCCAUUAAAUGAGCCCUGCAGCCUGGUAACUGUGCCUAAAACACCAUUUUUACCUGCAGUCUUUUCCAUGUUUUAACAGCCUUUUGAUUACAAAGCACUGUAUGCGUUACCUAUUUAAGCAAGCCAAGCAAAACUUGCAGUUCUUCAGUUUGACAUAAGCCCGUCAUUAUUCAUUCAAAAAAGGAGAUCAUUUUGCACCUUUUUUGACCAAAACUGUUAAAUAUUGAAACAUUAACUAAAAAUUACCAUCAGCUGUUAAGAUUCCCCCCCUUUUUUUCUGAGCGGUAAAUGCUUGAGCAAGCUGGAUGUUUUAAUAAGCUUUUUUAAGCAUGCUGCUCGUACUUUAAGUAUUUUCAGCCAGGAAACACUUAUGCUUUCACAAGGCAGCUGUCUGUGUACUGUAUUAGGGGCCAAUGUGUUGUAAGUGUACACUUGUUACUGUACAAAUCAUUUCCUAAACUGUUUGUGUGUGUCCAGGUUCGUGUUUGAACAUAUGAUACAUUUUCAAAUAAAUAUUUGUCCUUCUAUCGA